CACGCGUCUACCCCGACCGGAUUGGUUUUAACUCGGUUCCUAACGUUAUUCGUCUGCGGGUCCUUGUCGCCGGGACUAGCGAGUCCCUAGUCGGAGCAGCAGAUUAGUAAUGACACAGACAUGAUGGACAUGCAAUUCGAUGGCUGUAUACAGAUUGGUUUGCCAGUGUUUUUGGAUCCUGACUUGCCCUGGAAUUGGCCAAGACAGUGGUUUGGCAAUGGGAAUUGGACAAAUAUUGGUGUUGAACGAAGAAAUCCUUGUUGAGGAAGCGAUUGUACGAGAGACAGUUCGAGUCGAUAUAGACUGCAGGAAUGUCACAGAGCUAGGUAACGCGAAGAUAAGUAUGGGUCUAAUACUCCGCAAAUCCUGGGCCAAGUUGAAGCGGGAGACAGGAGGGUCGUAUUCAGAAAGUAAGUAAUACUCGUCUAGAUAAAUCUACAGAAAGCGGGUGUUUUGUUAAAUAUGCCGG